AUGAAGCAGACAGAUAUAGAGCCUCAAUCUGCUCAGGUACCAAGUCAUGUCAGCGUUGAAGAUGUGCUGAAGAUGGAGUUCUUUACCCCUGGGGAAGCAAGAGAAUUCUACACGAGUUAUAGUAGGCUAAAAGGUUUUGCAAUAAGGAAGAGUAAGAGGUUUGUGGAUGAUCAUAACCACACCCUACUCUCUAAAAGGUUUAUUGGAUAUCUGCCUUCACAUAGGAAUAUGUCUGAUGUAGAAAUUGCUCAAAUGAAUAGCAUGAGGCAAGUUGGGAUAAGCAUUCCAAAGAUAUACCAGUCAUUUGCAAUGCAGAACGGAGAUGUAAAUGCCGCACUGCGUUUUUUCAAACGCGCUGCCAAAAACGAUGAGAAGUUAUUUUGGAGGUAUGAAGUAGCGGCUGGUUCUCGUAUGUGUGACAUUAUAUGGAGUGAUGGUUGGAGCCAGGAAGAUUAUGAGGCGUUCGGUGGUGUCCUCGCCUUUGAUGCGACGUAUGGGAGGAACAAGUAUAACCUUCCUGUCAUUGUUUUGUCCGGGGUUAAUCACCAUAAUCAGACAUGCGUGUUUGCAGCAGCAAUGGUUUCAUGUGAGUAA